UAAUGCCUUUAAUCUCCUUCUUUUCCUUCUCCUGCCCAAUUUGCCAAAUUUGCUAUUGCCAUUCCAAUUCCAUUCAGCUUUCGAACAUAGAAGAGCUUUUCAUCUUCAUUUUCAUCACCAUCUUAUGAUUCCUAUCCUUCCUUUUUUCUUUUACAUUUCUCGAUAACCCGAACGCAGGGACUCCUCUCCCAAUAUUUGUCAAAAUUCAUUCUUUCUCCGUCUUUCUCUUUUGCCCAUUCUUUCUUCCACCAUUUCUCUAUCUCUUUCUUUGGUAACUAACCGGACGAACUCCUUUUUUUCUUUUUUCUUUUUUUUUGGGGACCAAUCCACUUGUUUUAUUUUUACCUCAACAAAGAAAGAAUUUUAAAAAGGCAGCCAGCCAAGUUGUAGUAGGACGAUGAAGACGUCGCUGAAGAAGCUCCGAGGAGCCCUUAGGCAUGAAAGAAAAGGGCAUAGGCUUCAAAGGAUUCGGGCCCAAUUGGAUGAGCUCGAUCAGGCAUCUCAGGACAUGAAAGAUAUGAGAGAUUGUUAUGACAGAUUACUUUCAGCUGCAGCUGCCACUGCAAACAGCGUUUAUGAAUUUUCAGAAUCACUUGGGGAAAUGGGUGAUUGUCUACUUGAGAAAACUGCUUUGACUGAUGACGAGGAAAGUGGUAAAGUUCUGCUCAUGCUGGGAAAAGUGCAGCUAGAGCUUCAGAAACUUGUUGAUAGCUAUCGCUCUCAUAUAUUCCAGACAAUCACAAUCCCAUCAGAGUCCCUUCUUAAUGAACUCCGCAUUGUUGAGGAGAUGAAGAGACGAUGUGAUGAGAAAAGAGAAAUAUAUGAUGAGGUCAUAAAAAAAUCCAGAGAGAGAGGGAGGUUAAGGAGUAGCAAGGGCGAGUGUUUUUCAUCUCACCAGAUGCAAGCAGCUCAUGAUGAGUAUGAUGAGGAGGCAAAUACAUUUGUAUUCCGAAUGAAAUCUCUGAGGCAAGGACAAUCACGCAGUCUUUUAACACAGGCAGCUCGACAUCAUGCUGCUCAGUUGUCUUUCUUAAGAAGGGCUCUCAAAUCGCUUGAGGCAAUUGAGCCACAUGUCAAGCUAGUUGCUGAAGAGCAACAUAUAGACUACCAAUUUCGUGGACUUGAAGAUGAUGAUGGGUAUGAUGACGAUGAUGACGAUGAUGAUGAUGAUGAUGCUGAAGGUGGCUCCGAAUCACAGGAUGACAGUGAAUUGAGUUUUGACUAUGGACAAAAUAACCAGGGGCAAGAAGUUGAUGCAUCAAGAUCGUCAAUGGAGUUGGAUAAUGUGGAUGUUACAUUCCGUCAAGUUGCCACAGCAGUUGUUGCCAAGGAAAACUUAGAAAGAAGUCUAAGCUCAAAUUCUUUUGCGUUCCGCAAAGAUGUCAAGGCAAGCAGCAAAUCUGGCCCGCUGCUUUCCGAGAAGAAAUUUGAUGCUGCUGAGCGACUUGCACAAAUGAGGCAUUCACCAUCACAGAGGUUCAACUCUUAUGUGCUGCCCACACCACAGGAGGCAAAGGUUCCAGUUUCUGGAAAGUCUGAUAGUGAAGUUCCUCAGGCAAGACGAGCUAGCCUGAGUAACAUUCCACUUAACUUGUGGCAUUCCUCUCCUUUACAGCAGAACAAAUAUCAGAAGAUUGUAACUCAUUUUUCUGGACCUAUAAGGUUACAUACACAGUCAAUACUUAAAGAGAGCAACGAUAAUACAAAAUCCACUCGAGUACCCCCUCAUACAACAGAAGCUCUCUCCCCUCCUCGGAUUGAUCCAUAUAGUAGGUCUGACAAUAAAAAAGCCAAAAGACAGGCAUUCUCUGGUCCGCUGACAGGCAAGCCAUUGCCAAAUAAGCCCAUAUUAUCUGCCAGUGGUCCUAUUUCUUCAAAUGGGUACUCUCAGCCAUUUUCUGGGCCUCUCUUGCGCAACCCGAUGCCUCCACUGUCUUCAACCCCUAAAUUAUCUUCGCGUAUGUCCCCUACUUUCAACUCAUCACCCAAGAUAAGUGAGCUUCAUGAGCUUCCGAGGCCCCCAGCUCAUUUGUCAAGACCUCCAAAUCGUAUUGCUCAUUCAGGGCCCUUGAUGUCCAAAGGUCAAGGUUAUUCUGCUACAAGCAAUAUGGUGGUGCCUACUGCAGUUUCUACACUUCCGAUGCCCCCAAAGAUUAUUCCUCGUAGCUAUUCCAUUCCAUCCAGAGGUCAAAUAGAGGCAGCAUUGCAUGCAUCUAAGCCACUUGAAACUCCUGCUGAUUUGAAAAUUCCUGAAGAUAAUGCUUCACCGCCGCUGACACCAAUUGUGAUACAAAAUGUCCAGCCAGUAUCCCUAGGUUUAUAGAAUUGUUGUCCGGUCUAACAGAAGGAGGAGAUAUAAAGAUGAUGCUGGUUGGAAUUAAUCUUUCGUUCAAGCUUGGAAGGAAGAGUAAGGAGUACUUAGCGGGUAACCGAGUGCAAAAACUGUAAAUAUGCCUUUUUGUCUAUUCUCCACCCCUUUAGUAUUUCGACAUUAAUGUUUAGUUACAAGCUAUUAGAUCGAUAGCCAAUGUGGAUGUGGAUGAAAUUGGCAUCUGUGCAAUUUUGUAUCAUAGAUCAUGAAGGAUUUCUUAAUGAAUAAUGUUGAUAGUGCUUGAUUUUUUGGUA